AUGCCACUAUUUCGUCGUAGUAAAAUCAUUUCCAAUAUUAACACAAUUAUUGAUAGUACUGACAAACUAUUAGAUAGAUGGCGUGCUAGACCACAUGAUCAAGUGCAUACAGAUAUUGUUGAACAAUGUCAAAAUCUUCUUCUUGAAAUAUUUGGAUUAAUUGCUUUUGAUUAUGAUUUAGAGGCAUUUGAUAGUCAAUCUUCCAGCAAUAACAAUGAAUUGACCGUAGCCCUACUCGAUAUUAUGAGUACAUAUGAAAUGGCUCUAUAUGCACCUGGUUUUGUAUCAAUCGUCUAUAUGAAAUUGAAUACUCGAUUUCAACGAGCAAGAGCAACAGUCGAACAACAUUUUAAUAAAAUGGUUGAACAAGAGUUAGCUGAAAGUUCAGAUUCGAGAGCACAACGAAAGAAAACUUCAUUAAUCGCAUCACUUGUUAAUUCAUUACAAACCGAUGAAAAAGCCGAAGCAAAAAAAAGGAAGAAGAUAAAAGAGUUUAUUUCUGAUAUUACUUUAUUGAUAGGUCUUUCACGAAAAGAAGUUUUUGAUGAAGUACUCAUGUUAUUAAUUGCUGGUUAUGAAACGACUUCUACUGCUCUUGCUUGGUCUAUUUAUCAUCUAAGUAAACAGCCAAGAGUUCAACAAAAAAUCAAGACAGAACUAAUGGAAAAUAAUCAUGGCCAACAUAUAUCAUUGGAAUAUCUUGAUUCACUUAUUUAUUUGGAUUGUUUUAUUAAUGAAGUACUUCGUUAUUCCCCAACAAUUGAUUCAACAUGUCGUUCAGUCACUGUCAACGACUGUCUUCCUAAAAGUGGUACUCGACUUUACAAAGGUGAUCAAGUAUUGAUUCCAACAUCCUCUCUUGCUCGAGACAAGCGUUAUUGGAAAAUUGAUCCUCAAUUAUUCUAUCCAGAACGAUUUCUUAAUGAAGAUAAAAAUCAUCAUCCAUAUGCAUUUCUGCCAUUUGGAGGUGGUCAUCGUCAAUGUCUUGGACGAGAUUUAGCUCUCUUCGAACUAAAAGUAAUUCUAGCUCGUAUGUUACAACAAGUAACAAUCGGUGAUGGUGGUUCUGAAGUAAAUGCAGGUGGAUUUAUUCAAAAAUUGACUUUAUUACCUAAACAUGUCGGAAUCACUAUUAAAUUUCAUUGA